AUGGCUGAAACAGAAUCAUCUGUACUUGAAACUUCUGGAAAAGAGUGUUUGGUGUUGUGGCCCCAGUUGGUGACGACUGUCACUUUUUGUCCUUUUCCAUCUGCCAUUAGGGAGCAGCUGAGGUUCCACUACAGCCAGGGGUGCCACUGUGACAACUGUCACAAGCAGUUACACAGCUUUUACCAUCUCUCCUGCUACAGCUAUGGCUCCACAGUGUAUGGAAAUGGGCCCGGUUCUCUGUGUGUGUCUGAGACCCCUGAACUGGUAGCUGGACCAGAGGCCAUUCCAGAGGAAACCACAACACCAGCUGAAGACCUUCUAAGAGACCCAAACCUUCGUUUGAAUACUGAAGAAUCAGACAAGGAGUUCAUGGCAGAAAGUGGACUGUAUGACUCCCUGAUGAACUGCCACUGGCAACCUCUGGAUACUGUUCUGUGUAACACCCCAGAGGAGCUCCCUCAGUGUGAAGCAAGUAUGCACUGUGCCCUCCAACUGCCGUAUUAA